CUCAAGUUCGUACUCAGUUGAGAUUUGUACUCAAGCAGAGGUUAUAAAACAUCUUGAGUCUGUACUCAGCUGAGAACAACUCACGCUCGGCUUGAGCAUGCUCAAAGGAAUCUUUGUUUAUGAUAUAAGCGGCAAUUUGGAACUCUUCAGUCAAGAAUGGUAAGAAAACAACCCGGAUGUUGUCGUCUGCUUAUUUACAAUGGCAACGGAGGGCGUGACCGAAUCGAGAAGGCGGGGUAAGGGGUGGUCAGAAGCGGAGGAGGUUUGUCUCAUCCAGGAAGUCGUUCAGCGAGAGCAACUGUUGUUCGGCGAAAUAAAGGGAAGCGGUGUGAAGUCCAUCCAUCGACAGCGGACCGAUGGAUGGCAAAGCAUCACGGAUAUCCUGUAUUUGCAUAAAAGAAAACAUGUUCUGUAUAUUAAUUUUCAAAUUAUAUCUCUUCUUUUAUAUACUUUCAGAAGACACAUCAAUGCCAAAAGGGAGGCUAUUGAAGUGAAGAAGAAGUACUUCAAUUUGAAACAAAGAGCUAAAAGCAAGAUCGACGGCCUCAAAAGGUCAAUGGCCACAACUGGAGGAGGGCCUCCACUCCCAGCACUGUCCAACGCGGACGAGGUCCUUUGUCAGUCUUUGGAGGGGAGGCCAAGUAUUCAUGGCCUAGAACAUGGCAUUGACACUGAUGUCAUUCAUGAUGGCGAUGUAGCUGCCGCUUCACCAGAAGGUCUGCAAGGUGAAGCACAUCACAUUGAUGAGCAAGACAUCCCAGCAGAAGACAAAAAGACCGUCCGCAAACGAAAAAGAACACAAGCUGAGGCAACAUAUGACAACACGAUACAGGACACGGAAAGGAUCAAACUUGAACAAAGGAAGCUGAAACUGGAAAUUGAAGUGUUAGAAAAAAAUCAAAAGAAAUUAGACAUUGAAAUUCAAAUGCUGCAGAGGAAAUCAGUCUACUACCAACUAAAAAUGAAUGCGGAAUUUGGUGUUUCUCUUGUCGAAUCAUGUCCAACUGAAGAAUAAUUAUUAUCAAAAUUACUAAAGAGAGUUAUGUAGAAAUGCAAUACGAAUGACAACAACAUUUACUGAUUUGCUUGGACAUGAUCAUUUGAAUUUGACAGAUACAAUAGUUAAUGAUAAUUCAAAGAAAUAUUGUUACACAAUAUCAACUCUGUCUGUAUUGUUUUAUCACUAUUCAUUACAUAUGCAAUUGCUCCCAAAAUCCUGAUUUUUUUUGUUAUGUGCUCUUAAGUAAGAUCAUUUUAAAGCAUGUAACUCUAACAUUGUGAUGAUAGUUCAGCAUUUAUGCAAGUAUGAUGUGCCAACAGAAAGACAUAAAUAUAGAAUGUCUAGUGAUCAUGACUUUACUUAUAGUUUAUGCAAUUUGUGUAGACCUAGAUGAUGAAUACCAUGCACUUUUCAUUUGUCCAGCUGAUACCAAAAUUAGGUCAAGAUAUUUGUCCUUCAUACAGACUAUUAUGAAUAUCCUAACAUGCAUAAGUUCUGUAUCUUUACUCACAACAAAUGACAACAUUUUAUUCCAGCUAACUCUUUAUCUUGUUCAAAUUUAGAAAUUAAGAAACAAAUAUGAAUUGAAGUGCUCUGUCACAAUGUGCAAUGUUAGAAAUUUGAACUAGUCCUGCAGUUCGUGCCAAAGUGUCCACUUGUCAAUGUAUGAAAGAACUUGUAGACAUUUGCCAUUUUUCAGGUUUUUGCUAUAUGUUAUCAUUGUAAGGACUUGUGGACUAAAAAUGGUAGUUUCUACCGUAGUAUGUGCUUUAUAUUAUAACAUUUUCCCACUUUACUUGCCGUAAAAGGCGGCAAACGGGAUCGGGUGG